UACUUUAUAGCCAGUAUAUAUGUUCGUAUAUGUUUGUACGUGUAUGUUAGAAGUGUGUUAAAACCAUGAAAGUUGAUAUGACAAAAGUAAAAAAGGGCUCUUCGGAGUUGACGCCUGAAUGUCUUCAUUUAAUAAAUGAGAUAUCUCAAUGUAAUAGUUCCGUCGAACUGUUAAACUUUCUAGAAAAGGUAAAAGUAUGGGUCUACGGUAAAUGCGAAUUAUACCAUUGGAUUAACACAUUGGAUAGAUUCGAUGGUAUUUUAGAAGAAGCUGCGAAACCUGUUAAUGGCAACGAGCAUAUUUUGCAAUGUGACGUCUCAUUCUCUGACCAGGAUGUGCGUUUGUUACUUUCCGUACUACAUUUUACAACGCUCUUGAUAGAGCAUUCAUUUUCUCGGCAUCUAUAUAACUCUAUUGAGCAUCUUACAGAGUUAUUAUCAUCUGGAAAUAUGGAUAUCGUGCUAGCGAUAUUAAACCUACUCUAUAUGUUUUCAAAACGCAGCAAUUUCAUUCCUCGUCUAUCCUUGGCUAAGAAGGAUAUUUUACUGCGAAAACUUUUUAAUAUUGCUGAAAGAUGGGGUGAUCCAAAUAAUGGUCUAUCCUUAAUUGACUGUUGCCUUAGGAAACCAAAAGAUGAGUUUCUUAAUCAAUUAUUUAUCGAAUAUGUCAAUGAAAAGGGCCAAAGGGUAGUUUUGGAGAUACCAAACAUGAAGUCACUUUGCCAAAAAUAUUCUUCCAGUGAAGUAGUAAAAAUACUUUGCGAAGGCAUACCGAAUCCGCCUGAAGAAGUUAAGAUGCGUAUUGCCCACAGAGUCAGAUUAGUCUCUGGAUUUAGAAAUAUGAAACUCCGACUUCAAUUUGUUCAAGCUCGUCUACAAGCAAUUUCAGUUCUUAUAUAUUCUAAUGCGCUUCAAGAUAAUGUGGAAAGAGUUCUUUACACUGGAAUUGGAGAAGAACUUUGCGAGUUGAUUGAUCGUCAAGACAAGCAUUUAAUAGACAUACGUGCAGCUGUUCUAAGGACGCUUACGUCAAUGUUACAUUUUGACCGUAAUCCAAAUAUUCCCAGACCCGGAUCGAGAUUAUCAAAAAUAAUAUAUUAUACCGGGGCAGAAAGGCAGACGGGAAUGUUACCACGAUUAGUGAAAGACUGCAUUUCUAAUUUGACUAGUGAUGUUGAAAAUUAUAAUUAUCCGUUAGCAUUGGCCACGUCUCUAUUUAGCCUAUUAUAUCAUUUGGCUAGUUAUGAAUCCGGGGGACAAGCUCUCAUAAAAAGUGGUAUGAUGCAGUCACUUUUGCGAGUAAUAAGUUGGACUGGCGUUGAUCUUGAGCACAUUACCUUCGUUACUCGAGCUGUUCGAGUUAUUGACCUUAUAACUAAUAUUGACAUUGCUAAAUUUCAUCAAAAUAAUGGAAUAAAUAUUUUUAUCGAUCGACUGGAAAAAGAGGUAUCUAUAUGUCGUGAAGUCAUAACUAGGGAACUUGUAAAAAGUCAAUCUGAUGAUACCGUUGACGAGAUUUCCAACCCGAAAGAAUUAGACCAUGAAAGUGAUGAUUCAAGUAAUUCUGUUCGCAUGGAUUCUAAAUGCUCUGCCGUAGCUGAUAAAAAUGAAUAUCCAGAAUAUAGUAGUUACGCAAAAUCAUCCAAAGAGCGUUUAAGUAAUAAAUUCGUUAUAACACGGAACACGAAAUCAAAUAAGAUUGCUUGCGUUACACAAAGGGCAGCGCUUCUAAAGUCCAUAUUAAACUUUGUUAAGAAGUCUAUACAAGAUCAUGCACACUUUAAUGGAACCCGCAAUAUAAUGGAAACAAGUUUACCAAAUUCUUUGCAUCAUAUUAUCUUCAAUGCCGAAUUUUAUGGUCCUUCUCUAUUCUUACUGGCUACUGACGUUAUAAUUGUCUAUGUUUUUAAUGAACCCUCUUUACUUUCCUCUUUGCAAGACUCGGGCCUAACAAAAGUAAUAUUACAAAGCCUACUAGAAAAGGAGGUACCAGCCACUAGAGAAGUUUUAGCUUCAUUACCAAACGUCUUUUCUGCACUCUGCUUAAACGAAAGAGGUUUAAUGGAGUUUAUGUCGUAUAAUCCGUUUGAUAAGCUAUUGAAAGUUCUAUUGUCGCCAGAUUAUUUAGUUGCUAUGCGUAGACGCCGCUCAUCAGAUCCUUUAGGAGAUACAUCAACCAAUUUAGGAAAUGCGAUGGACGAUUUAAUGAAACAUCAUCCAUAUUUAAGAACGGAUGCAACCGAAGCGAUUGUUCGUUUGCUCAAUGAAUUAGUGCGUUUAGGUUCAGAUAUAAACUAUAUAUGUUGGCGUGCUAACAAAGACAAUAAUGCGAAUUGCGGCUACAAUAAGGUCAAUAUAACGGGCGAUGCCAAUCAUACUGAAACUGCCCGCAGUUCAAAUAAUUUUAGCAAUACCCCCGACGCGGAAGACAACGGCAAUGACAGCAGUGGAGAUGAUGAUGAAGAUGACGAUGAGGUAUCAUCUGUGUCUCAGCAGCAAACUCAAACAAGUCAAAUUCCAGAAGCGUGCAUGCCGCACGGAGCUUCAACGAAAAUUGUCGAAAGAGAGCCAAUUCCGUUAAUCGACUAUAUCUUAAACGUUAUGAAAUUUAUUGAGGCUAUUUUUAGCAACAGCUCAAAUGGUGAAAACUGUAGAGAAUUUGUUCUUUACGGUGGUCUAAAGCCAUUGCUACAAUUGCUUUCUCUACCAAAUUUGCCCGUUGACUCGCCAAUUUCAACUACGGCACUGGCUGUAGCUAAUGUCGCCAAAUCUAUUCUGAACGUAUCUCAUGAAACAAAAGUUAUCGAUAUUUCGUUACAGCAACUGCUGGAAAUUGUUGAUCAGUUAGAGCCACUCAUUUUACAAUUCGAUUUUCCUAACGGAAGUAUUCUUUUCCGCGAACUAUUAUCGUGCCCGAAUGUUAACGAAGGAUUUUCGAAUGCUGAGUUUACUCCUUUACUACAUAAAAUGAGUGCCGUACAUGGUUAUGUUGUAAUGCUUGUGCAUCUAUGUCGAAAUGCUUCAAACGAUAUGCGUUCAAUAUUGCUAAGGCAAUGGGGAAGCGAAGCUGAUAUUGGCCUACGCCUAUUACAAAAAUUGGUAAAAUUGUAUAUAUCACUAGUUUGGGAAAGUACAAUACUCCUAAAUAUGUGUUCUGAAGAAUCGCUUAAUCAAACAGCUUUAUCGUUCAGCUGGAGCAAUAUGAUGUCAUUUCCGAUAGAGGUUGAAAGGAAAAAUGCAACGCAUACAAAAAGUAACAGUGAUGAAGCACGAACGCCCGACGAUCAUCAAAAUGCGUUAAAAAGCAAGGUAAAGCUGGAAGAUCAACUUCGGUGCACGAAAUGCCUUUUAGCAGCCUCAUCUCGCUUAGGACGAGCAUUGGCCGAAUUAUUUGGAACUCUUGUAAAAUUAUCGGUUGGGUCACCGCAAUCGCGUCCAAGACGUGUACAUGACUUUGUUACAAAUAUAUCAUCUAGUAAAUAUCCAACUCCCGAGGCUAGAUCCAUAGCCCGAGUUUUGAGUUCAAUAUUAGUGAAUGGUUUUUGUCAUGAAAAUUUAAAAUCGAAACCGGCUGCUAAAUUGAAGCUCACAUUUUUAAUUUGUUCGGUUGGUUUUACUGGACCAAUGCUCUUUGACGAUAAGAGGAAUGCAUUCCAUUUGAUGAUAUCGCAAUUUUAUCAGCAAAACGGAAUAAAAGCAUUUUUUGAAAUGUUUUACUGGGCAUUAUCAAUAAAUAAUAGUCCAUAUAAUAUGACCGUUGAAAAGACAUUGACAAUUGAAAAUAUACUUGAAGAUUGUCCCGAUGAUAAUUGUGAAUUUCCCGAAGGUUCGGGUGAAUUUUUAUACGCAUGGUUACAGCUGCUUGAGAAGAUGGUCAAUCCUACCGGUAUAUUGGAUUCGCCUUAUGAAGUGUCACCGCAAGCUGGUCAAGAUGCAAACGCAAUACAAUUCGAACCAAUAUUUUAUCUUAUACAAGUGCAUAAUUUCGCAAUACAUGCCGUGAGACGGCUUUGGAAUAGGGAACCAAUUGCAAAUUAUGGAAUUUUGAUGACAACCACAAUAAUGACUAUUUUAAAGCACAUAGUAAAACCACAAAACUUUUUCCAAGAGCAAUUUCAAGCCCGUAUCAAUGAAAUUCAUAAUAAGAAUCAAACUAUAAAAAAACAUUUGGAAUUUGAAUAUUAUAAAGAAGGUGGCAUAUUUAGAGGCAAUUUAAGAAUACUGAUUGAUAUGGGUUUUGAGAGAUAUCAAGUAUUGGAAGCACUUCGAAGCACUUCGUCGUUAGAACAAGCCAUGGAUUAUCUUUUGAAUCGUAGCGAAAAUUCUGAAAUAUUAGAUAACGUGUGCGGAGGCGAAACCUCUUUUUCGAGCAGUUCUUCAAAAUCGAAUAAAAUUGAUGGUGAAUCUGAACUUCCGUCGCCGACCGCGCAAUUGGAAACUAAAUUGCCGACCGUUAAAACUUGUCCUCAAACAACUGAAAUUUUUUUAAUUCCCGAUGAUAUAUUCAACAAAUUUUGUGAUGAAAUUAUCGAAAAAAUCUUUCAAAUAAUGGAGAAAUAUAUAAUUCCUGACAUCAUUAACGUGGGUUCUGAAUUAAUAUCCGUCCUAUAUCGUCGAAGGAGCCAACACGAAAAGAAAGUUUUCAUUGAUAAGCUAGUCUGCGAUCUGCAAUAUUGGUGUGGCAAUGUAACGCAAACUAUAAACGAUUCAAAAAAUUCGUGUGAACUUAAAGAUGAUUGCAUCGUUGGCUCGACGGCCACAAAAUUACAAACAAGAUUGAAAGUAUUCACGCUUUUGCUUGAAGAAACGUAUAUUGAAUUUAGAAAAGAGUUUUGCAAACAUUUGCUGGAAAAAAAUUGUUUAAGUGCUUUAGUUUCGCUUCUCAUUCAAACUGAAAUCAUGCUAACGAAUCAAUCGCAAUUAGGGGCUAAAAAGAAAAUACCUCUAUGGUUGCAUAACAUAAUAGAAUUUAUAGAUUCCGUAGACAGUGCUAGUCUUAUAUUGCAGCGUAAGGCGAAUGUUGAAUCCAUAACUAACGACGUCUGGAAAUGGUAUGAUAUAUCGAAUGGCAAAUGGAACACUUACUCGGAAGCGAAUAAUGCAAUAAUUCAAAAAGCUUUCAAUAGCGGAGAACGUUCUGUAAAUAUUAACAUAGGACGUCAACGAUAUACAAUGAAUUUUAAUUGCAUGACGCAUGUAAGCGAACCAUCAGGAAGCCAUAGACCCGUAUUACCCUCACUAAAAUUAACGGAUUUACUUGCCACAAUGAGAAAUGACAAGACCAACUUGGCGCUUGACUGUAUACGAACAUAUACGGUUUCAUCAAAACCGGAUGGAACCAUUGAACACAGUCAUGAAAACUUGUUUUUAAAAUCGAUUUUUAACACCAACGAUUCAAGUCUGCUAAGUGUGAAAAAACAAGAAGAAAAACGACAAUCAGUAACAGUUUUGGAUGAAGCCUAUUACGAAGAAAAGGAAAACAAUAUUAAGAAGAAAGGAUUCUACAGUGGAAAAGGUGCCGUUCCGAUACGAAAGAAAUAUUUAAGCAUUGUCCUAAAUGAGGAAUCUGUCGGCUUAUCGAAACUUGAUAACAACAGCUUUAUUAUAUGUUUAAUUCGUUUAUUACAACAUGGAUUUUUCUUGCAAUUUGAUACACAGCUCGCUAUAUUGAAGCUUUGCUCGCGCCUAACAAAGAAUUACAGGAACGCUGAAAUUUUCUUUAAAAAUGGCGGUUUGAAAUUGCUAUUAAAAAUGCGACAAUCGUGUGGCAUAAUGGCGUUUCCAACUUACGCAAUUAUAAUAAUUCGUCAUCUUCUCGAAGCACCAAAGGUCCUACAAGAGACAUUCGAACAAGUACUUACAUUGAAGACUUCACAACAGAUUCCGGCAUCACAUCGGGAUGUACUUUUUGCACUUACGCAAAUGUCAUCGGCCGUAUCACGUAAUCCUACACUUUUCCUUAGCACAGCCAAACAAAUAUUGCAAUGGGAUUGUUCAUCGAAUUUGAAAUUUUCUCUCGAUCAUUCGAAAUUUCUUAUAAAGGCCGCUAAAACUAAAAAAAUGGAAAGUAAAGAAACGCAUUCUGAGGAUAAUCUAACGGUUCAAAGUUCGGUGAAAGUUGUAAAGGAACUUUUAAAAGCAGUUAUCCAACCAUGUAUCCAUUACGGAGGUGUGCCAGCUCAAAAUAAUGCCGAAGAUGUAAAAUUGGAAGCUGCUUCUCGAAAUGAGAGUCCACGAAAAGAGGAUGCUGCUAACAGAACACAAGAUAAAUUCGAACAAUGUUGUUGCAGCUGGCAUAUACCUUGCAGCGGUCGUGUUCAUCAUAAACCAGUUAUAUCAAGAUCAACAUUAUUAAAAAUUCUUGUCGAUAGCGUUCGAUCGUAUCAGACAUUAGUACCGCGUUUAAUUGCCUCCCAUAUAUAUUAUCCAAAAGAUAGCGCACUCAUUAAACAUGAGCAAUCAUUUCUUUCAUUUGUUUUGGACAAUUUCCUACCAAUAGUGCGUCCUCAACAAAUUUCCGAAGUCAGCGUCAUGACACGAGUCUUGAUAUCGUCCUUAGCCGAUUGUUAUACACAAAUUGGCGUACAAACGAAAGUCGUUGAUGAAGUCCAAAGCGCCAUUAAACGCGCCCUCAUCUUGACUGAUUCCCCAGAGAAACAUACUCGUAUACAAGUGCUUGUUGGACUAUUACCCGUCAUGAUUGAUAGCCCUGUAUUAUCGUAUAAGAACUAUAUGUUCGAGACGUUAAUAAGAAAAGGUGUUAUGACGAGCUUAAUAAAAAUAGCACAAUAUACCGAUUUAUCAAAUCAAAAGACAAUAUCAACUGUACAAAGUAUACUGCGACCAAUGGACAUAUUGUUACGUAUUGCUGUGUCACCCAUUACAUUAUCAUCACAAAAUGUGCGUAUCAUUCCAACAAAUUCAGUUUUAGAUCGUAGGCUUUUCCCACGAACGACCCGUUCCAAUUGGUAUAAUUCAACCGAGGAGGAUGAAACGUUAAGAACUAUCAUACGAAAUGUGUUUUCGGAGCGAAGACAAGCUUUCGAUUUUAUCUUCAAUAAUGACGAUACAUUUUCAAAUUCCGCAGAUUCUCAGGCUGUAGUUGGUUCCAAUACGGAUAACGAUACCGAAGAGACCAAUACACUUAUGUCAUUUAAUAAUGAUCAAGAACUGGACUUUGAUAGACUUUGGAAUAAUUUGUUACAAAAUGAAAAUUUAAGAGCUAUUGAAGAGAACGUUUCUGUAUCGACUAUCUCGGAGAAUAUGGCAACGUUAAGUCAAAGCGAUCAUGAACAUUUGGAUAAUGAUGAUAACGAUGACGCCCAUAUUAGUGGAACUGGUUGCAGUAGCGAUGGCGCUUCUACAUCGUCCGAGAAUACUCCAGCCAUAAUUGAUAAUCAAACGUCAAUAUUGGGCGAGGCUAGUACCAGCGAAACUGAUUCGGAUUCGAACGUUUCAACCGAAAAUGAGGAUAUCAUUGAUGAAGAUGAUAACGAUGAGCCUGAAGAAUGUACCGAAGAACGGAAUGAGAACAAUGGCAAUACACGCCAGUAUAUUGAGGUAUUUGAUAAUGUGUAUGUACCCGAAUCUUCUGAGACGGCAUCAAACGAUCCCGAUAUUGAUGCUGAAGACGAUGCCUCCGAUAUUGGAGGAACGGCAAACAUAAUAUCCCAGGAUAGUGCAAUGGAUAAUAAUACGACGACAAAUUUUAUGACACGUUCUGCUGUUGGGCCUAUUGUGGGUCAGCAAAUUUCGUCUACCACAGGUUUUAUGACAUCCGAGCGAAAUUCAUCAGAACAUUCCUUCCUAAGUUCUACGAACAAUUCAGAAAAUUCAAACACAAUUACAUGUGGCAUCAGUCCUUAUUUAUCAUUUGUCGAAACCGAUGAGCAUCUAAAUUAUCGUCAAACUGGUGACAUUAAUGUUAAUGCGUUGCCAGUAGUCGAAAGUUCUUCAUAUCGAAGAGAAGGCACACGACGAUUGGUAUUUUUGGAUCAACAGUAUUGCACCCAAAUGCCAACAUUCAGUAAUGCAACCGAAGAAGGUCAAAUCGAGACAUUCAAUCAAGAUGCGCUGCACUGGUGGUUGGAAGAAGCCAAAUACUCGGAUCCUGAAACCCAUAUGGAUGCUUGUCUUCAGGUUGCACAUCAUUUGAUAGUGCAUUUAAUCAAGGUUAAGGACAUGCUUCUGAAAAGGAAAACCGAACUAUGUAAGUCUGAAUGUAAAAAGAGUUCCAUUCCGGUUCCUACACAAUCAUCAAGCAGCAGUCUUCAAGCGAGUGUAGAUAUGAAGAAAUUAGAUGGAAGAGGAGACGCGAACGAAAGUGCAGCUCAAAAGCCACUUUCCGAUACCCUGGAAGAAACUAGUAACUCAUUUAUAGAUAAUGAGAUAAAAGAAGAAGAAGAAUUUAGCAAGGAAAGCAAAGAUAUUGAGCAGAAUUCAACAUCGAUUACGGAAGAAGAGCCGGUACGGAGUGUAGAUAUGGAUUGUGGCUCUAAUGAAAAUUCACAGAAUACCUUAUCAGAAACUCCAGAGGAUAGAGCAGAUUCCCUUAUGCCAAAUUUGGUUCGGACAAAUGUCGAUAUAAAUACAGUAGCAGAGCCGCCACCAUCUAAUAUCAUGGCUGUUGAAUUUACUGACAUGAAUCUGAAUGAGACGCCAGCAGCCCCAAAACCGGAAGCGCAAGAAGCAAACGUUACGACACAAGCUUCGACAAGUGCAUCGUCUACGCGCAACACAGAAUUGACGCCCGAAAUUCAAGCGGUACUUGGUGACUUGGAAAUACCCGAAGGUGUCGAUCCGUCAUUUUUAGCUGCAUUACCAACCGAAAUGAGAGAAGAAGUAAUUCAAGAACAUAUAAGAAUGCAGCGUUUCGUUCAAAGGCCACAAAAUUCUGAAGUUCAAUCGAAUCAAUACACUUUGUCCGAAGUUAGUCCAGAAUUUUUAGCUGCACUGCCGCCAAAUAUACAAACUGAAGUUUUAAUGCAGCAAAGAAUUGAGCAACAGCGUCAGGCAGCGCAAUCGACAAAUCCCGAAGAUCCAGUAGACACGGCCGCCUUCUUCCAAAACUUACCAGAAACACUCCGUCAAGCGAUUUUAGCUGACAUGGAAGACUCUCAGAUAUCGAGUCUACCGCCGGACUUGGCAGCUGAGGCGCAACAUUUGCGAAGAGAUUGGGAAAGUAGAAAUGGAGCGCGUUUAGACAUGCAAAGAAAUCCAAUAAAUGGAUAUUUAUCGAGCCGUUUAUCCGCAUCCACGCAAAAUCUAAACGAGGAAUCGCGUUGGCAAAACAAUACAAUCUGGAGUGAUCCGAACGGUUUAAAUUCCGCACGUCAUCAACGCACUACUGUUAUACAUCAGCAGCAAAAUUGUGGAAAGCCAUUGACAUUGCUAUUGAUGGAAGAUCUUAAUAAUCUACCUGAUCCAGAUACGUUGUCUACUCUUCUACUAUUUUUAUUUAUUGAAGAUAGUAAAUUUAGCUAUACCCGUUUACAUCGUAUCAUACGAAAUAUAUGUUAUCAUGUCCCCAUCCGAAAUUGGAUAAUCAAUGCCCUAAUCAAUAUAAUAGAAUAUGCAACGAGUUCAUGCUUAUGGUCGGCCGGUACUGAAAUAGUGCAACCACAAUGGCUGAAAUUGAAAGUGGACGCCGCGUUUGGCUUUAAAUCAAACACAUUUAUUUUAAAUAAAUGUCAGGAUGAUUACACCAUAAGCAUUAAUCCUCAGGCAUCACAGCAAGUCGUUAAAAAUUGUUUAGAUAUCCUGUUUGCAUUGGCCAAGCAAUUCCCGAAAAGUUUUUUACCCGUAUCCACAGAAAGAAAGCAAAGGAAAAGGCAUUUAUUCAAAGGGAAAGAGGAUUUAAAUAUACCCACAUCGAUGAGCAAUUUAAAGGCUAAAUUUGGAGAGUCUAGAGUACUUGAUGAAUACCCGUCCACUUCUAAAGCGGUUGGCAAGUCCCAAAAGGGCUUAACAUCGGGUGACUUUAAAUAUAAUACAAACUCAACUGACUUUUGGAAAGUCCUAUUAAAUACAGAAAUUUAUGCUAAUUUACGUUUCUCCCGUACGUCGCUCUUUCCAUUGUUCUCGCAACCGCCAUGGGAAUGGAAAGCUACAAAUUCCGAAUUUAUAUCAUUUAACGAUUCGGCAUUUGCGAAACUCUUAGAUAUGUUAUCCUUUAAAAUAAUUAGACGCUCGCCACAAUUAACCGAUUUACUAUUAAAGCUGUUAGCUUCACUUAGCUCUGAACUCCCUGAAGAAGAUAGCGGUGUGACAGACGCAAGUAAAAUGGAAAUAAAAAGCUAUUUCAAGAAGAUACAUCCUGAGGGUGAGUUAUUACAACAACAACAACAACAACAACAAGAAGAAGAUAGCAAAACGGAUAAUGCGGAAGAUACGAAGGAUAAAAUUAAACAGCAUCCUAAACUUUACUCGAAAAUGUUCCCAUAUUUUGUAACUCUGAUAGAGGUUUUAACGCAUAAGUGUGGAACGAACGAGGGAUUAGAGAAUAUGUCAAAGUUAAUUUUUAAUAUGUGUCAAUGCUCGCAUUACUCGAACGUUGUUUUAUCAUAUUAUUUGCGUUCGGCUAUUAUGGGUUUGGCGGAGCAGGUUCAAAAUGAGAUAAAAGCUUUGUUAGAUGAAUUGCUUGUAUAUCAUAACACUGUCAAAUUCAAUACAACUUUUGAAUAUGAACAAAAGCUAUCAUGCCUUUCAUUAUUUAAUGGUUUAAUGCAAGAUCGAUUUACGGCACAACCAAUUGUUAUAUCAUCGCCCAGCGAUCCAAAACCAGCCUGCGAAUUGCAAUUAUCUGCCAUAAAGUAUCUAUUAUCUCCGCUAUCCGCUCAGCUUUACUUUCUACGAACAUUGAAGAUUUUUAUUCAGAUAAACAAUUUAUUGGACGCACAUAAUAACUGGUAUCGGUCUAAGCAGAAAUUAUGUUUGAGCGAAAUUCUUUCUUUGAAUGAGCUCUGGAGUACGCUAAGUAAAUGUCUUGUUUCAUUGGAAGAAUCAAAGGAUGAGUAUGCCGUACUUGUAUUGCAACCAACUGUUGAAGCCUUUUUCCUAAUUCACGCUUCAUACGAUGCAAGUAAUGCCAAUAAUUCGGAUACUAAAUGCACACAACCCGAUGCAGUUACCAAUACUUUAUCGGAAGAUAAUAGCAAGGACAACAGCACGCAGUCACCGGAAGAGGAUGGUGGGGAAGACAAUUUGGUAAAAAGCAAACUUCAAUGUGAUCGUCAAAAAUUCUUACAAUUCGCUGAGAAACAUCGUACUGUGCUAAACCAAAUUUUACGGCAAUCGCCCGUUCAUCUUUCCGAUGGUCCCUUCGCCGUACUUGUUGAUCAUACGAGAAUCUUAGAUUUUGACGUAAAGCGCAAAUAUUUUCAUACUGAAUUGGAGCGCAUUGAUGAAGGUGUUCGGCGUGAGGAAAACACAGUCAGUGUGCGUCGCGCAUCUGUUUUUGAAGAUUCCUUCCGUGCACUUUAUAGACUAACACCGGAAGAGUGGAAAAAUCGUUUUUAUAUUGUAUUCGAAGAUGAGGAAGGACAAGAUGCAGGAGGAUUGUUGCGUGAAUGGUACAUUAUUAUAUCAAGGGAAAUUUUUAAUCCCAUGUAUGCCCUAUUUUGUGUUUCCCCCGGAGAUCGUGUAACAUAUAUGAUAAAUCCAUCUAGCCAUGCCAAUCCAAAUCACUUAAGUUACUUUAAAUUUGUUGGUCGUUUAAUAGCGAAAGCAAUACAUGAUAACAAGUUGCUCGAAUGCUAUUUUACAAGAGCAUUUUAUAAACAUAUACUUGGAAAGCAAGUUAAACAUACUGACAUGGAGUCUCAAGACUAUGAGUUCUAUAAGGGCUUAGACUAUUUGAUGAAAAACGAUAUAACAACUUUAGGAUAUGAAUUGACUUUUUCGACUGAAGUGCAAGAAUUUGGUGUUACACAAGUGCGCGAUCUUAUACCAAAUGGCCGCAAUAUACCUGUGACUGAAGAGAAUAAAUUUGAUUAUGUUCAAUUGGUUUGUCAAUUGAAAAUGAGUGGCUCGAUAAGACAACAAUUGGAUGCAUUUUUGGAAGGCUUUUAUGAUAUAAUACCGAAACAGCUUAUAUCAAUUUUCAAUGAACAAGAACUUGAGCUCUUAAUAUCCGGUCUUCCCGACAUUGAUAUAGAAGAUUUAAAAUCGAAUACCGAAUAUCAUAAAUACACAUCGAAAUCGCUACAGAUUCAAUGGUUUUGGAGAGCUUUGCGUAGUUUUGACCAAGCGGAUCGAGCCAAAUUUUUACAAUUUGUUACGGGAACAUCAAAAGUUCCUUUACAAGGAUUCGGAUCUCUUGAGGGCAUGAAUGGUAUACAAAAGUUUCAGAUUCAUCGCGACGAUCGAUCAACAGACAGACUACCCUGCGCGCACACUUGUUUUAAUCAAUUGGAUUUGCCGAUGUACAAAUCAUAUGAAAAACUUCGUAGUUCUCUACUGAAGGCAAUUCAUGAGUGCUCAGAAGGAUUUGGAUUUGCAUAAACAAAUAAAAAACAAAACAAAAAAAACAAAAACAAAAACAAAAACAAAAUAUAAUUUUAAUUCAGUCGAUAUU